UUGCUGGCUGGAGAUCCCGAGACUUCCUUGUUGUGAGUCCCGGCCUGGCAGUGUCCGAGUCUGAGGCACCGCCACCCCUGCACCUGGUCGGUCACCCUUGCCCCGCACGCCCUUCGCUCUCUAUCAUGCCCAACCCCAGCAGCACCUCCUCUCCCUGCCCCCUCCCUGAGGAAAUUAGGAACCUGUUGGCAGAUGUUGAAACAUUUGUAGUAGACAUCCUGAAAGGGGAAAAUUUAUCCAAGAAAGGAAAGGAAAGGAGAGAAUCUCUUAUUAAGAAGAUAAAAGAAGUAAAGUCCACGUAUCUUCAGGAAUAUCAAGACAAAGGUAACAUAGAAGAAGGGGAAGAAUAUGAAGAUCCUUUUACUGGGGCUCCAGACACUAUUUCCUUAGCCUCAGAGCGGUAUGAUAAGGACGAUGAUGCCCCUUCUGAUGGUAACCAGUUUCCCCCAAUUGCAGCACAAGAUCUUCCUUUUGUUCUAAAGGCUGGUUACCUUGAAAAACGCAGAAAAGAUCACAGUUUCCUUGGAUUUGAGUGGCAGAAACGAUGGUGUGCUCUCAGUAAAACAGUUUUCUAUUAUUAUGGAAGUGAUAAAGACAAACAACAGAAAGGUGAAUUUGCAAUAGAUGGCUAUGAUGUCAGAAUGAAUAACACCCUUAGGAAGGAUGGAAAGAAAGAUUGCUGUUUUGAAGUCUGUGCUCCUGAUAAACGUGUCUAUCAGUUUACAGCAGCUUCUCCCAAAGAUGCAGAGGAAUGGGUACACCAGCUGAAAUUUGUAUUACAAGAUAUGGGAUCUGAUAUCAUUCCUGAGGAUGAUGAUGAAAGAGGAGAAUUGUAUGAUGACGUCGAUCAUCCUCUACCCAUCAGUAGUCCACCAAGUAGUCGGCCAAUAGACGAUGAAAUUUAUGAGGAACUUCCAGAAGAAGAAGAGGACAGUGCUUCGGUGAAAAUGGAAGAACACGAGACGACGAGUCAGGAUGGCAUGCAUCAAACCUCAGGAGGUAAAAGCACUGAUUAUGCUAACUUUUAUCAAGGUUUGUGGGAUUGUACAGGAGCUCUUUCUGAUGAGCUGUCCUUUAAGCGUGGUGAUGUGAUUUACAUUCUCAGCAAGGAAUACAAUAGAUAUGGCUGGUGGGUAGGAGAAAUGAAGGGAGCCAUUGGCUUGGUGCCUAAAGCCUACAUAAUGGAGAUGUAUGAUAUUUGAGAGCCCUGGGGAAGGAAGCGUCUUCAGGUUGUCUGCAAGUGCUGUGGUAUAGAAGCCUCCUACAAGCCUGAGUGAGAGUUUGGAGUCAGUCUUUAACUGCUAUUUUAUACAAUUUUGUUCAUUGAAAUAGCCCUCUGCUGUGAAAUGAAAUAAGAGGUAUUGAUUAAAUUAGGUGUAAACGGGAAAGUCAUACCUGUUGCUAUUUUUCAAAGAAGUACUUAUAGGAUUUAUUUACUUAUUUAAUUUAUGUGAACAAUUCAUUGCUUAUGGGUGUGGAACAUAUUGUCACUGUGACAUAAGCUGUCCUUUCUCUUAGUCAUUGGAUAUCAGAGUAUCACAUAACUUCAUAGAGUUUUAAUUUUUAUCAUACAAGAUUUGAUAGCCAUAUAGAUGAUUUCCAUUAGCAAUUUUUUCGCACAAUAAUCACGUUUUUGUGAAAUAAAUCUUACAGAUUGUAAAAUUUACUCCUUGUUAAAUAUAGCCACAGGGAAGAAAAGCAAGAUAGAAUUACAAAUGGCAACUUGAGUAAAGUGCAAAUCAGAACCAGGUCUGUGCAAGGUCAGUCACCAAUAGCAAGACUGAUUGGAUCAUGGGAUUCCCAUUGUUUUCUACCAUAGUUUUACUUAACAUUUAAUAAUAAAAGAUCCAUCAGAAACCCUGUAGUACCACUAAUACAAUGGUAUAAACAGUCUCCCUGUAGUGUUGUAGUAAGAGGGCUUAGUCUAAGUCUUACCCUGCCUUAUCCUUGUUGUAAAGGCCUACUCUAGUACAGCUCAUCUCUCUCCCCAGUAUAUCUCAGCACUGAGAGGAAUUGUCGAAAUCAGAGGAGUGCUGUUUACCCACAGGUGAACAGAAGGCUGGUGUUCUGAGUUAUAUACUCUUUGCUGCUACAGCAGGAAAGUCCUGUUUGAAAUCAAAGCUAUUCGUUGGUAGCAGUACUGUAACCAAAUAAGCCUUAAUCUGUAUCAAAACACAUUAGUGAUUGGAUAAUUACUUAUAAUAGACAUAACUUUAUACCGAAUCAUUACCUAACAGGCACUACCUUGGCUGAGCUUUUUCCAUCUUUAAUUUACAAAAGAAAAGAUUCUAACCAUGCAAACGAGCUGAUAAUCUUUUUUUAACACUUCUCUUUUUAUGUAAACCUAUUUAAAAAUAAUAUUAAGUAGUGUUUAUUUCACUGUUUUCCUCUAAAUGCCAUGAUCUCUAAUUUCGCAUGUAAAAAGCAUAACAAUUUCAGAGAUUGUGAGUAAACUCAUAUAUAGAGAUAGAUAGUCAAGUUAAAGUUUUCUGAAAUUAAAUUUAUACUGUUACCCCUUUUCCUAAUGUAAUACCACUGAAAUGGAUUGAAAUAAUCUUGGCAAAAAAUUAGACAGGUGGAGAUGAACUUAGUGGAUUGUUUUUUUCAAAGCCUGUCUGGCUAAAAAGAGGUUGUUUCUAUUGACAACAUAGCCUAGCUUAUGGGCACAGGUUUGUUACUUGACCAGUAGAUGGCAGCAGAUUGUCAUUGCAUUCAGAGCCACUUGGUGACCCCCUCCCCCACUGAAGCACAACCUUACCCAGAACAUGAUCUGGUUAGGGGAUUUCUGCCUCCUUUUACAGUUAAUCCAGGAGAGGGAGUCCUUCUCCAACUGAUGACGAACAAUUGAAAGCCAGAAAACUAUAUUCUCUGUGAAUGGCCACCAUAUAGAAAUAUAGUGUGUGACUUAUGUCCAGUGCGCUGCUGGCCUUUGUUCUUUCUAAACUUGAAUAUAUGUGGGAGACAGAAAAAAAGGAAACAAAAGACUUAGAAUUUGGGGUGAUAAGAAAAAUACCUGGUACUUUUGAUCCAUAAUUAUUUUAUAUUCAUUUGAUGAAGUAAUUUGUAUACUAACAGGGAGAAAGUUUUCUUUACACUCUUGAUAAUAUAUCACGUACUCUUCAAGAGCAUUAUAAUAUCAUUAAUGUGAAUUUGAACAACGUGGCUUGUUAGAAAAUAUGCUAAUUGUUAUGUUCUCAUUAUGUUUGCUUAGCUUUUAUUUGUUUUUUCUAUGAACAGUUAGAGACCUAAUUUUUUCAAAGGUGAUUGUAAGUCAUAUUUUAUAUAACAUUUUGCUUGAUUAUUUGCUCUGUACUGAAUUUGUACUCCAUUGCCAUUAGAUCUUACAAUAAUGUUCCACUCUGCAAAUUUUUAAGGUUCAAAUAAAGUUUAAUUGUUUGCAAA